ACAACAUUCCUCCUCUAAAGUCCCGUAUGAGGACCAGCGGAGACACUAGAGCCACCCCGGUCACUGCAGUUUCUCUUUAACGUAAGACGCACUUUCCCCCGGCCGUUCUUCGUGUUAGGGAGUCCAGCGAGUCACGGAGACAUCCUGUUUUUCUAGCUCACACAUCGCCAUUACACCCGGAGCUCGAACCGACAGACGGUAAAAAUGGAUGCAGGAAAUUCUGAACAAAAGGCGAUCACUCUCAUCAUAAAGACGCCCAACCAGGCUCAGGAGGACCGGACCAUCGAGGGAGUGAGCCUGCAGUGGACCAUAAAGGAGCUGAAAGCGCACCUGUCCGCUGUCUACCCGACCAAACCGGCUGUGAGUGACCAGAGGCUGAUCUACGCUGGCAAACUGCUGCCUGAUAACCUGCACAUUAAUGGACUCUUCAUACAGACAGACUCAAUUCCCACACUGCACCUGGUGUGUGCUGUUAGGAAUCCUGCCCAGGGACCUCUGGGAGCCAGACCCAAGGCCAAAGAGCCACAUUCCUCCAGUCCACAGCCCACGCCAGCCCAGACUCCCAGCCCACCAGAGCUGCGGCAGAGGAGGCCGGCCUCCGCAGCUCCAGCCCACACACAGACUCCAGUGUCUCCUCCACAGACUCCUGUGUGGUCUCCUGCUGCCAUGACUGGAGCUCCUCAGAUGACCCAGCCAACCUUUCCCACCUACUCCCUGUACAGCCCCCAGCAGCUGCUGUGGCUCCAGCAUGUCUACGCUCGACAGUAUUAUAUGCAAUACCAUGCAGCUUUAGCAGCAGCAGGCAGCAUUCCCACAACAGCUCCAACCAUUGGCCAGUACCCUCCUGUUCCCGCCCACCAAGUACCCGUCCCUGCCCCGCUAGCUGAUCAGAACCCCAUCAACAACCUGCCAGCCAAUCAGAAUCCAGUGCAGGAUGGUGCUUUCAUCAACCCAGGGGAGGCCAACCAGAACAUGCGGAUGAACGCGCAGGGCGGAGCCGUUGUGGAGGACGAGGAGGGCAUGGAGCGCGAUUGGCUGGACUGGUUGUACUCUGCUGCAAGAUUCGGGGUCCUGAUGAUGAUCGUGUACUUCAACUCCAACCUGAGCCGCUUCCUGCUGGUGAUGGGCACCCUGCUCCUCAUGUACCUACACACCGUCGGCUGGUUUCCCUUCAGAAGGAGAGUGCAGGUCCCAGAACCCAACCAGCUGCAGCCCCCCGAGAACCAGCAGAACCAGAACAGGAACCCAAACCUGAAUCCAGCAGGUGAGCACGCCGACAGACAGCAGGACGAACCAGCAGCUGAAGGAUCAGAGGGAACGAUGACAGCGGUGUUAGUGCCUCCUCACCGAGUGUCCGUCAUGUGGACAGCCUGGGUUUUCUUCAAAACCUUCUUCUCCUCCCUCGUACCCGAGGCCGCUCAGGCUGUGGCCUAACUGAACAUCUGGGACGGAGGACUGAUUGCAGACAGUUCCCGCUCUUCUGUCAUCUCUGGAGAUGUUUCCUGAAGCGUGGGUGGAAGGCGUUUACCGAAUAAUAAAUGGACGCAGACAGAGCGCUGCACCUCAGUGCUCCGAGUUUCUGUGUGACUUUGAUCUUUCAAGUGAGCGGGAAGCAAACCACACCAGCAAGAUUCCCAAGAACUGCCAUAAAAUGUGGACAGAAUCAAAAGAUGCAAGACCUGAAAAUAUAUUAAUAAAUCCUCCAACAGGAUCCCAGCUGACCUGACCACAUGCAUCCACUGCCUGUCACCACCCCCCCACCCUGAUCGUUCCCUCCUUUUGUCCAUUAAAGUGGCAGCAGGUGCCGAUAAUCCUCCUGAAAGCUGAAACUGUUGUGCCUAAAACGCUCUUCAUGUAACGACGUUUACAUCCACAUGCCUUCUGAUUUAAAAUCAUGUGUCACGCUGUGGUCACUGCGUGGCCCGACUCCGUGAAUCAGUAUUCGGAUCAUCGGAGGACGCGUGGGUGCACGGGUGUCUGUAACACUCAGACGGACUGAAACGCUCGCCUCUUCCGAAAGCGGCUAAACUUAUCUUCGCAUUGAAUUUUUUAAAUCAGGGUGCUCAGAAUGAUCAGACAAAGAGAUAUAUAUAUAUAUAUAUAUAAGGAUUUCUGUUAUUCAUAUAUUUUGGGACCUUUAUUUGCUUCCUUACACUUGUUAUAGUUAAUCAGAAACAAGCUGGAGGUUUGUCCAAACAUCCACAUUAACAGAAGUGAAAACGACACUUUACUCCUCGUUAUUUUUGGGGGGGCUUUUCCCUUUCGGUGAGUGGCAAUUGUGACCAAAUACAAUUUGAAAUCAAUCUGUAAAACAGUGAUGGCGGUGUAGUUUAAAAAUAAGUUUUGUAAUUCUAUUGUAUGUACACGAAGCACUUUAUAACAUGUAUCUUAUGCAAAGAGAGGUUGUGAUUUCUAUUAAUGCCGAGUGGGCUCAUAAUUGCUUUUAUUGUCAGAGACUGGACAAAGUUUCGUUUUAAAGUGUGACUUGAUGUGAAACUGAAAUGUGGUACGUUCCUGCUGUACCUGCCCUACUCAAGCCUCCCCUUCUGUUCUCAGUUUAUCAGCUGUGCUUGUUUUGGGUUUUUUCUUUGGUCCUCAGCAGAGAAUAAACAGAUGUUAAUAUCAUAACAAUGCCUCUGAAAAGAAGCAGCUUUUAGCAGAGGUUAAAGCCCUUCCUGUAAUCCAGUCUAGUUUGCUUAGCGCUUAAGCCCCGGGUGUUAGCACUCCGGUUCCCUGUGAGGGGACGACGGUCGCUCGUGGGUCACAGUGUGUGAUUGGAAAUUUAUUUUUUAAUCAUCUUUCCAUUACAAAUGGAUGAAUGCUGUACAGUGAAGUGUGUUUUCCAAUAAUGGAUGCAAUAAAUAUUCUUAACUUUAA